AAGACGUGGCUGUUGCUGCAGUGGCAGCUGUCAUCCAAAUUAUUUUAAGAGAAGCACGCGAAUAGCUUCUAUAAUAUUUUCUCUACUUCUAGUUAACAUUUACUCGUUUAUCUAGCGUCAAGAUGAUUUCGCUAACGGACUCCCAAAAGAUUGGAAUGGGACUGACAGGCUUCGGCGUGUUUUUCCUCUUCUUCGGGAUGAUCCUGUUCUUUGACAAAGCACUCCUGGCUAUUGGAAAUAUCCUGUUUGUUGCUGGACUCGCCUUUGUCAUCGGGCUGGAGAGGACCUUCCGCUUCUUCUUCCAGAAGCACAAGAUGAAGGCCACCAGUUUCUUCCUGGGAGGUGUGUUCGUGGUACUGAUUGGCUGGCCCAUCAUCGGAGUCGUGCUGGAGAUCUAUGGCUUCUUCCUGUUGUUCAGGGGUUUCUUCCCAGUUGUAGUAGGCUUUAUCAGAAGAAUACCUGUCCUAGGCUCCAUCCUAAACCUGCCGUUCAUCAGCGCAUAUGUGGACAAAGUGGGCGAAAGCAACACCAUGGUAUAACAGUGACUUUUUGUACAGCUAGCUGUUUGAGUACAGCAGGUUUUAUAAAGCAUCACAAUCUCUCAUUGGGCUGAUUUAAAGCAGCUAAGGUUAUAUGUUCAGAUUCCUCCCUCCUCCAGCAGGCAAAGACUGCUCUCUGUCUCUCUGUAAUUUCACUGGUCAGCGCUACCAAUCAAAGGUUCACAAGCGCACUGCACCACCAGUCUGUUACUAAAGGAUGGAGUUACUAAGGGCGCUACGAUAAAUAUUUCAAAUGCUAUUGAUCGCAUCCUGCAUGAAAAUGGAGGACAGACGACUCCCUCGAAGCCUCAUCGACUCGUCUACGUGACGUUCUUAAUUCAGUGGAGCAAACAGACAAAACAACCCCCCUCCACAUAGAUGAGAAGUGGACCGACAGCUUACCAUGUUGUCAUGUUUCUGUGCCUGUGCUUUAACUUUAUUUGGACAAAAGCGUUUUAAGCGUUUUGUCUCUUUACAGUUUUCCUGUGACACUUUGUUUCUUGUUUGUCUCUUGCAGCUAUUUGAAUACCAAAUGUGGCUAUUGUAAAAUUCUCCCUUUGUUACAUGUCAUUUCUGUUUAUGCUUGGCUAAUGAGUAUAAAUUAUUUUUUAAAUGAUCAGUGCUUGACUUCAUGUAUAGUGAGGUGCUAUGGGAUCUAUUUACUGUUUAUUUAUCGUUGACCCCAUAAACGUCUAAAUGCGUGUUCUAUUAAAGUCUGGUCACACCAGGAAGGCAACACCUAAUUCAUGCUGACACAUGGAUGGUGAGGUUCAUCCAGGUGCUGCUAGCAGCUUGGUGAUGUAUUGACUACACACAAGGCUGUAGCUGGUGACCUGACCACUAACAUGCUAACCAGCCAACAUGCUAGUGCUAGUCAGUUGCAAAUGCUCUCCAAGCUAGCUGGUUUGUUAACUGUCAGUAGCUCAGUCACUAACUGGAAAAUACAGAGGCAGAAUAUUUUUGAGAAGCAAGAGGGAGAAAACAAAAAAAGGGUAACUGAUUAAAAAAUAAACCAUAAGCAAAUUUCAUUUAUAAAAGAAGGAUGGGACAUGAUCUCUUGUAUCAAUUUAAUGUACUUUUCAUGCUAAUCUGUUACUGACCAAAACACCUAAAAAUUGUCAAAGGAGGUCACACUCCAUAACCAAUCAACAACCAGAACAAGAUUGACAUUGUGUUAGUCCAAUAAUAAUUUACAUAUUUCAUUAAUUGUCUACCAGUAUUGUACAUGAAUGAGACUUGGUGGUAAAGUGAGUCCAAAAUUACUUUUUACUAAUGCGUUACCCCUUUUUUUAUCAAGCAGUAGCUAGCUACCAGUUAGCACUUUUGUGCAGUGGGAGGAAGUGGAGAUGUGUGGUCCAUCUUUGUAUACAGUCUUUGGCCCUGUAGGACUGUUAAGCUAACAUUGAGAAUGGAUUUGGACAGGGGACAUGGCGAAGUAGAGAUAAUUAGCCAACUAGUGUAAAAUAAUAUGAUGCUGUGUUGGUUUUCAUCCUGUCCUCCCCAAUUCUUUGAGUCACAGCCGCCACUGGAUCUUAUAGUAUUCAAGAAACAUAUUUGUCGUCUCCUGUAUUCUAAAUGUACACACCAAGUCUCUUUUGUAGAAGAGUUGACACUCCAGCACAGCAGGGUUAUAUAAAAGCAGAUGGUGUGACACAGCUAAAAGGUUAUGCUGUAUCUUCCUCCGGCUUCCCAUACCUUCAAAACUCAGCAUCAUGAAGACUGUUUCCUGCCACUUGCCGCAAAUAGCAGAAAUUAAGCUGAAAUGAUUUGAUUUCUUUCAAACUUUAGUUGUUAUAAAUGCUGGUGUGACCUUUUAUUUCCUGUUCUACAAAGCAUAUUGUUGGUUUUUUGGACAAGCAGCCAUUGUUUUCACUUCAUUUUAGUAGCUACACAACAUGCUGCAUAUAGCUCGUCUGUCACAAGAAAUAUUUUUGUCAUUUUUAUUGAUGAGAUGGUUUAUUUUAUUGUUAGGAGGCCUGCUUAUCAAAGCUCAAUACUUUUUUGAUAGCAACCAAUAUACGUCUGUGACAAGAAAUAUUGAAAAGUACUGAAUGUUUUCCAACAUUUGUAAACCUGUUAUUUCUAUAAUCUUAUUUUUUAACAGAUCACUUCCACUUUAAAUCAAGAUUUUGUUUUGUCAAAGAAAGGGUACAGAAAGAAAAAAACACUGCUUUGUAUUGGUACUAAAACUUUUUAUUGACACAAAAUUUUCAAACAAAUGCCAACUUCCAACAUUUAAGAUGUAAGAAUUGGUUAAAUAUCAAUUUUUUUUUGGUGCCAAAGCAAAAUCUGUAUUUUUGAAGAACAAAGUUUCCUUAAAAAAUUCUUAUAUAUAACAAUGAAACAUGGAUUAUAUGAGCUGCAUGGUUUUAUUUUCUGCAAACUGAUUGUCAUACUAACCAAAACUUUAUGAUGUCCUUUGGAAAAUAGUCAUCGAUGUAAGUGUACACCAUUUAUUUUAAAAAGGAUAGCUGUGGUUUAUUUAAACUUGGGCCCUAUGAAAGUCCUAAGACCUCAGUGGUAAUAAACAAAUCUUAUGGUUGACUACAACAUAUAAAGCACCAGUUUGAUCCCUUGAUUUUAGUAACUCGGAGCAGUCAGUGUUUUUAUAAACAGAUGAACUCUUUAUAAAUCUGAAAACAACUUAACCUUGUAACAUGAUCGCACUGUAAAAUGUGAAGCAGCUGCGGCAUCACAUAUUUGUGGUCCUACAGACCUUUAUAUGUGAGUGAGUAUUAGUUCUAGAGAAUCCCUCUCUGUUCAUUCAUUUACUCAUUCAUUCAUCCGGUGUCCUUAAACUGUCUGUUGAACAGAUCCACACAGGUUUUAAAUGUUGACAUUCUCCCGUUUUCAUUUGUUUGUGAGAGAAAAUUCUUCAUUAUUUCAGACGUCGGUCACUAGAUCUGAAUAAAUUCAUUCUUCAUCUGUUCAGAGCGUCGAAGAGAAAACUGAAUUUACCUGUGAAAUGACAGUUUUGCUGUAUGGCAAUUUUGUAAAUAUACAAUGAAAGUUAGCUUUGUAUCUGA